CGAAGUUCGAGUCCGCAUCCCCCCCGUCGCCUAUCUCCCUCUCUCACACCCUUCACAAUGGCCUCAGUAGCCCGGUCUCUGGGCCGUUCGGCCUUUUCCCUGGCUCGGAGAAGUCCCAUCAUCACCUCCUACCGCUCCUUCUCCGUCACGCCGCGCUCCUUCAUGCCCGAAGAUCCGGAGAUCCCUGACGUGCGCCCACAGCGCCCAGAGGACCUCCCCAGCCUCCCGGCGUAUUCGCCCGAGUCAAUGAACCCGGAGAUGCGAUCAAUGUACGAUAUGAUGCCCCCGGAAGAUCGUGCCGCCUUUGACGACGCCAAUCGACGCAUGAUUGCCGAAUUCAACGAUCCCGAGGCCCGCCAGGCCAGAUUUGCGGAGAUCGACCGCAGAGUCGCCAUAGCCGAGAGGGAAUUAGAUUUUCGGCCUGAGCCUGAGAGGAAGCCGAAAGGGUUCUGGGCCGAAGAGGAGCCCGACGAGUUUGGUAUUGUUGAGGAUGCCGACGAAGAAUACUACGAAGACGAUAUCACGACCAUGGCAUACGCCGAGCUGGAACAGCACCGUGAGAUCAGAGAAUACGCUCGCAUUGCCGCCUGGGAUAUGCCCUCCUUGAGCAAACUCCACAAACCUUUCGAGCUCCCCAACAAUUCUCAAAUUCUCCGCUUCCGGUACACGAGCUACAUGGGUGAAGAGCACCCGGCCGAGCACAAGGUCGUGGUCGAGCUGUGCUCCGCGGAUCUUACCCCGGAGCACUUGACUGAGGCCCAACGGCAAACCUUCCUCAAGCUCGUCGGCGUGCGCUACAACCCGGACACCGAUGUCGUGCGCAUGUCGUGCGAGAAGUUCCCCCACCGCGCCCAGAACAAGCGCUACCUGGGCGACCUCAUCAAGACCCUGAUCAAGGAGGCUAAGGAGGGCGACUCCUUCACCGACGUCCCGCUCGACCUCCGCCACCACAAGCCUAAGCCCCGCCCCCGCUUCCCCGACGAGUGGGUUCUCACCGAAGAGCGCAAGCUCGAGCUGAGCGCCAAACGCGCCGCCCAACGAGCCCGCAAGCUGGAGAACCCGGCCGGCGGUGUGGAUGGGAACCAGGUCGUCACCGAGGCCGUCAAGACCCUGCCCGCCUUCAACCCGGAGCUGAAGGUCCUGACCAACGAGCAGAAGGCCGCCGCCAAGGUCGGCAUCAAGGUCGGCGUCAAACCCGGCGUCAGACCCGGCGCGCGGGGUCCGGCUCCGGGUGUGAGGAGACUGCGUUGAGAGAUUCAAAACGAUUCAGACAUGAUGAUUUCCGGUUGCGAACGCUUGUGUGUGGGUAGGGAUCUGUUCAAAUAUGUGUGUAUGAUGUUGUCUCAUUUUGGUGAGAGCAAGGAGGGUAAUAAUCCCCCUUUCCCCUUCUCCUUUUUCAUAACUUCCCCUUUUCCCCUUUUCUUGUGGUCUUGUCUUCUUAUCUCCCAUUGCGCUUCAUUUUUCCCCUUCUCAUUUUUUCUCUGAAACCGCUGUAAGCUCAGACAAAACAGGGUGGCGUAUAUGCUCUUUUCUGCGGGGUUGUACUAGAUUCAUGCAUCAUAUCAAUGUAUUAUACUCCAAUUCAUCUUCCCAGAUAUUCCCC